AUGCAAAAAUAAGAUUAUAAAUUUAAGAAUGUUUAGAUUGAAGUUCUACUUAAUAUCAACUAACUUUAGCCUAAAUAAGUUGAAGUACAAUUGUCAUAUAAGGAUUCAAGUGAAUAAAUUUAUAAAAUCAUAAACAAUUCUAUAAUCAUGAAUAAAUAAGAAGAUUAAUGGAUAACUAAUUAUAAAGCUGUCUUUGAAUUUCAUAAAUAUUAAAGUUAUCGUCUAGAUGUAAGUGUAGAUGAGAAUAUAUCAAUAGGGUCAAUUUAAGUAUUUAUAAAUAUUAAGACGAUAGUUUUAAUUGGGAGAAUUAAUACAAAAUGGUACUUAAGUAAAAACAAAUAAUCACUUUACUAUAAAAUUAGUGACAACCUUGUUACAAAAAGGAACUUUAUUAUUUCAACAUUGGGCUGCAGAAAAUUUAUUAAAUACAGAUGGUAUAUUCAAUAAAUCAGAUCCUUUUUUAUAAUUUUAUUAAUGGGAUGAUGAUCAAUGGAAUCUAGUCUAUGUAACAGAAUAUAUUUAAGAUAAUUUAAAUCCUACUUGGGUUCCAUUUACUAUUGAUUUGGGUCUUUUGAAUUUCUAUGAUUAAUAUAAAAACUUUAAAAUUGAAUGUUGGGAUCAUUCUAAAAAGAAUCCACCAAGACAUAAAUAUAUUGGAUCAAUAGAAUUAUCAUAUAAUGAUAUUAUGUUAUCUCCAAGUAAGAAAUUUGCAUUAAUAAAUCCAGAACAUGUAAUUUUUAUUAUUAUUUUUAGAAAAAUUGUGGACAUUUAAAAUUAUUAUCAUGCCAGAUUAAAUAAGAAUAAAAUUUUUAUUCUUGGAUUUAAAAUAAAUAAAUUUAAACUUUAAUUUUUAUGGAAUUUAGUUAAAGUUCUAUGUAUAUGCAUGUCAAAUCACAUAAUCAAUUAAAUAUUUUUUAAUAGUUUCUUAUUAUUAUUGGAUCCAUUUUGAUCUAAUAUAAUAAAUUAAAUACAGCAUCAUUGUAUGGGUUUGGUGGAAAAAUCAAUUAUUAAAAUUAAGAAUUGUAAUUUCUCCUUUUCUAUAUUGACUAGUUUUUAAAUUUCAACUUAAUAAAAUGGGAUUCAAUAGAUCUGUCAAGAUUAUUCAAAAUGCCUUAAAUAAAUUGA